GUUUACCUGAGAGACUCUUUCAUUUCGGGACGAAGUAAACAAUCCUACAGGGUGUCGUUGGUCCAGAGAAAACCUGACCGUAGACCAGGUAGUGCGUAUCGAUCACAAUGACGGAAGUGACGGAGGAGAACACAGCUGCACGGAUAUCAUUUGUGGAUGGCAAAAUACUUUCAAGAUCGGAAUGUAUAACCCAGGCCUUACGCCAGACCUUUAGUGUCGACCUCGUAGACGCCGCCUUGGCACAAGUGGAAUUCUUGAGAGAAGUCAAUCAACACACUGCACUAUGCGUUAAAGAAACUGUUCAAAACACCAGGAGGAGAUAUGAAAAACUGUGGCUCCCUUUAGCAGCUGAACAUGCAGAGGAACGGCUAGCGGCGCCACUUGAUAUCGAAUGGCUUUGGCACUGCCAUCUCUUGUGUCCGGUUACAUACAUUAGAGACUGCGAGGAGUUAUUUGGAGGACUGAUAAACCAUCGCUUGUUCCGCUCCCAUGAUAGGGAGCAUGCGUUGAAGCGAUCUAAACAUUUAUGGGAUGCGAAAUACAAAAACGAACCUUUUGAAGUAGACCUGACAGAGGAGAAAAUGCUGGAAGCUUCGUCUGAGAUAAAAAUGGAUUCCGAUAUUUCGUACAAUUUGGAGGCAGCUGUGUCGCGUCAAGGAAACUUUUACUACAACGUCUCGCUUCCCCACUAUCUAGACCAUCGCUUUCUAACGCUUGCCGUACAGAGAUACCAGAAAUUUCUAUUCCUUCGUAAAAAUUCGUACAAACUCUUCAUCGUCCCUUGUUACGAUCAGGACUUAAUCUGGCAUACCCACCAGCUGCAUCCUUUCGCAUACAAAGAGGACACGGUUCGCCUUCUUGGGAAAAUAUUAUUCCAUGACGAUACGACAGUAGAUAGAUCUCCGAAUUCCAAACUAACAUUAUCCACAAUAGACACCAGACGACUGUGGCAAGAAAUGUACCAUGAGGAUUUCAAUACUCCAGGGGCAAUGUAUCGCGGUUUAUCUGUAAAGGAACUGUAUUCACCAUCUUCUUUUGAUGAUAAAAGUCUCUCGAGAUCUGGAAGAGAAUUAAAAUUAGAAUCAUUAUCAGUCGACAGAAUUCCAGAUGGCGAUUACGGUCAUGAUUUCACUUUGCAAAUAUUUCUCGCAGAGGAUGACAAGAAGAUCCCCAAACCAACAUGUGAACUCUUUGGACCAACCAUGUUGUGGACAGUGGAUGAACUAAUAUCCUGUACCCUCCACUCCCAUCGUUGGCUGGUUUUUUAUUUAAAAGUACGGAAAGGAAAGAUAUUCUCUCGUGAACAAGUAGUUGGUAAAGGAAAAAUUGAUCUGCUCGAUUUAUUAGAUCGCUCGAGUGUUUAUCGCUUUCAAAAAACGGUUUCUCUAGAGGGACAAGAUAAAAACUUGUUGUACCUAUCUGCCUGUAUUACUGAGGUUUACCCGGACAGACAUUAUAUCCUGGAAACAGGUGACUGGUCUGUGUGUGCAAUGCCACACAAUGUUGAUAAAGUAUUUCCAAUAGAACCAACGAGUUUGGAGCCACAAGCAUGCGGAGCUGGUUAUGUUGCCCAACAUAGAUUUAUGAGAAAGGAAAGCAAUGAGCAAGUGGACUGUAGAUUUGUGUAUAGCCCUCACCAUUCCAAUGCAGACAUUCAGUUUAUUCAGAAUGGGAAAAUAGUGUGUUCUGCAAAGGCUGUUGAUUCCAUACAUUUACCGCUGCCAUACCAGGUCUCAAAUCCACACUGCUUUGCCACUUUGGAACCUCAGUUUGGAGAGAGUGCUGUGAUGGUCAGGCAAGCAUCCGGUGACUGGGGAGUGUUAACUGGACGGUGGGUUUCCUCACAGGAGGACACUGAAGGAUACCUCUCUGUGAAGUUCCACAAAUUGAUAGAUAAGUCUACCCAGUAUCUGACUAUCCGAGUCCCGAAGUCCGAGGAUGAACACUUCAGUAUACAUGUUGACAACAAUGUUUACGACAUCAGCGUGUCUGAUUUUCAUCUGGUCUGUAGAGGUGAUGAAACGCUGCCGUAUUUGGCGACAGGCAUGUCGAUCUGUCUUCUACUGGUAUUGUGUAUGCCGAGUCCAACUUCUGUCUCUCCUGGGGACAAAAACGAAACGAAAGCGGAAGUGAAGGGGGUGCAACAACUGGUUCAUUCAAAGUUCCUAAACAGCUGUGGAUUAGGUAUAAUAAUACCUCCAACUCGUCACACAAAUCAAAAUCAGAUUUCCAGCUAGACAACCAUGUACUAGCAUAUACUUACAUUGUAUUUACUAAGACAAUUAUAUUCACAUUUUCUGCUGCAUUGUCUAUAAUAAACGUUUGUUGUGUCACUGUACUUAUUUCUCGACAGAAUGAGGAAUAGUCAUGUCAAGUGUCGAAAAGUCUUACAUUUUGAUGUUGAUUUGAGAAAAGUUUCUUGGUUUGAAAUUUACUUAAUGUUCUUCAGAAAGUUAUAUAAUUCUAUUUGAUUUACACCACUUCUGACAUAUAUUGUGGUACAAUACGUUUAACGUUUUUUCAUUCACAGCAGUAAAUAUGUUCAUGAGAAGCAACGAUAGGGCCUUGGUAGAACAUUUACAGGCUCCAGUAUUAUAUUUAUGUGUGUAAGGACUUUUGUGAAGUUAUGAUUCCAGUAUAGGUACGGUAGCUCAUAUUCAUUCGUCCCAUUGACUGGUAUAUUAAAUAUGUUUAAAUUGAAGCGUGAUUUUGAGAAUUUUAUCUUUUAAAAUGAAAAUAAGUUGGAGUACGAAAUGUGGAAUUCAUGCAAAGUGAGUUUAAAAUACAGUUAUAAUAGUAAAGCCUACAAUCAAAGACAAUAUUGUUACAAACUUUGUCAUUUGGAACCAAAACAUAUCCCUCAUGUAACUUAUCUAAUUCUUUUUUCACUUCUAGCCUACUAAACACAGAAGGGUAUAUAAAGUACUCACUUUGUUUUGAUGUGUCUAAUUCGUGAUUUUUGAUAUUCCUUUUAUACUUUUUACUUCGGACAAGUUAUCAAAUAAAUUCUUACUCAUAUGAAA